AUGGAGGGCAGCCUAAGGCAGCUCAGCCUGGGUAGGGGGCCUGAGGGGGCUGGGGACAGCCAGGCCCUGGCUGAACUGCAGGAACUGGCCCUGAAGUGGUUCAUGGAGACUCAGGCCCCCCUCAUUCUGCAGAAUGGAGCCCUGCCCUCCUGGUUUCACGGAUUCCUCACCCGCAAGCAGACAGAGCAGCUGCUCAGGGACAAAGCUCUUGGUUCCUUCCUCAUCCGGCUCAGCGACAGGGCCACCGGCUACAUCUUGUCCUACAGGGGCAGUGAUCGCUGCCGGCACUUUGUCAUCAACCAGCUCCAAAACCGGCGCUACCUCAUCUCAGGGGACACCCAGACCCAUGGCACCCUGGCCGAGCUCGUGCGCCAUUACCAGGAGGUGCAGUUUGAGCCCUUCGGGGAGACCCUGGCUGCUGCCUGCCCACGGCCAGAGGACACUGAUCUGUAUGACGCCAUCACCCUGGGACUCCAUCAGACCGAUCCGGGCCUGGAAAACCCACCUGCUGCAGUGUCCCCCACGGCGGUGCCAGACAAGGCCAGCCCCCGCCCCUCUCCAAAGCCUCAGGUCUCCUUCCUCCACAAAAAGAAGAGCCUGAAUACACGUCCCCAGGACCUCUCCAAGGAAGAAAGCAUGGAGGCCCCCAUCAGGGUGCCUCCCCUCCCGGAGAGGAGUGCCUCCCUUCUGGACGAGUCUUUCGGAGGCCCCAACGACAUCAUCUAUGCAGACCUGAGAAAGAUAAACCAGGCACGGCUAGGCCUGGUCACAGUUCCAGCCGGCAGCCAGGCCUGCUCCUCAGGCAAGGAGGGCCCAAGGAGACUCUCAGACGGAAGCCAGAGCAAGCCUGAUGGCCCAGGACCUGCCCUCUCUGGGGUGGGCCCAGACCAGGGCCCGAGAGUGUCUCCUACUUCUUGGGGCCUCCUCCUGCCCCUCAGUUCUGAGGCCUUGGGAUCCUCAGCCUCUACCUGGAGCCAGGGGUCUCCAAAGCUGAGCCACAGGGCUCAGCCCUGUUCCCUGGGCAGCUGUGCAGAUACCUAUGAGCUCAUCCAGACAGCAGGCCUCCCAAAGGAAGCCAAGGAUGUGCCAGACCAAGAAGGCGGCAGUACCUACGAGCAGAUCCCAGCCAGGCCCCCCUAUCCUGGGGCCAGUCCUACAUAUAGCAGGCUUUCAGGGUCCACAGACUGUGGCUAUGAGAGCAUCUCAGGGACCCCGGAGCUCCCAGAGCCCAGGAACACCUAUGAACAGACCCCAGCAGCCAAGAGCAAGGAGCCUGGACGGACACAUAAGCCUGACAGGCUCCGGAGGCUCUUCUUCACGGAUAAGAAGCACAAACCUUGAGGAGUCCUGGCUUCCGGCGGCCCACCAGCGGGUUUCCGGGAACCUGCCACCAGAGGUUACUUAUUGGGCAGCCCUCAGCCUGCCUGAAGGCACCCCCUGAACCCUAAAAUCCAACCAGCCUGCUCUGGAACCAGACUCAGAGACAGAGUUGCCUGCAGCUCAGGGCGGUGUCCCGCUCCCCCAGUGCCUCCCACCCAGGCUGAGGAAAUCACGGCCUGAAAAGAGUGGGGACUGGCCAAAGGCAGGGGUCAGCAUCCCCAUUUCCAAAAUGAGCUGGGGCCUGGGCAGAUGAAUCAAGCCAGCCUCCCACCCUUACUGAGCAUGGGGCAGGCCUGGCAUUUUCCUAAGUGGCUGAAUGACAUCGUGCGGUUGCUCUUGAGACCAGAAUCAGUCCUCCUCAUGACCCUAUCAGCAGAAAGGAGGGGAGGGCCCAGAGCCACAUCCCUGCUCCUGCUCCAGGGGAGUUAGGGCAAGAAACCAGGGAAAUGGCAGCAAAGCCCCAGCCUCAGAGGUGAUGGUUCUGACCCUGGGGCAGCUGGGCUCCCAGGGACCAUCACCUCAGCCUCUCUGCCCCCGCCUUCAUCCCAGCCUCACAAUGCAAGCUGGGCAGACCCUAGUUUGACCCCUUUAGCUGCAGAUGACGGGGAGGGUGGUUGAGGCCCAGACAGGAGCAGCAACCUGCUUAGAGUUGCACAGUCACCCCUCCUAAGGCAGCCUGGGCACUGCUGGCCGCUUGCUGGCUAUCCCUGUCUACCAGGCCAACCUGCACCGAGCUGUGCCUGAUGCCCGGCUGAUACUCCAUAAAUGUUCACUGGAAUGACUAUCGUUAUCUGGGAAAUGGAAACAAUUUUCACUAAACACCUGCUCUUCGUGGGGCUCACUCAAAGACUUGGGGUACAAGUGUGUCUUCCUUUCUAAGACACAAGCACUGAAAUAAAAGUUGGUGCGUCAAGUGGGAAGGCCGUGCUUAACCCAGAGAGGUGAAGUGCUAAUGGCAGGA